AUUGAUGAGGACUAUCAGCACUAAAAUAUUUCUCUUUCACAACACUAAAAUAAUGGCAGCGGUGAAUUUACGUAAAGGUUUUGUUCUUGUGCCACAAAAUCUUGUAGCCAAACUGCAGAGAUGCUACGCUUCGUCAAAGCAGACAAAGACAAAAACACUGGCUGCCGUUGGUGAAUCGAUUGCUGCCAAAGGUUUCCUGCGUCCACAUAAGCCAUACGCACCUUCCACAGAUGCAGCGGCAAAAAUUCGUGCCGUUGCAGCCAAUUUGCAGAUGGCCAACGGCGGAGAUCAGCGUCAAUUGAAGGAUAUGGAAGAAAAGUUCAAGUUUCUGGCGGCGUGCUUUCAGGAACUGCAGCAUGGUGUUCCCAAUUCCCAAGUGCACGAGAUGGCCACCGUUGCCGAUGUGAUCUCAUUCUAUGAGAGUGCGGUAGACACCACAGUGCCGCUGGAUGCACUGAAGCGCAUUGAUUUGCCGGAGAACUUGCACAUACAAUAUGAGUAUUUGCGCUUUCAUCCGGAUACAGAUACUAAAUUCAACGGGAAAACUGCUUUUCCAAAGAGCUCUACUCUGGUAACAGGCCUAAAGUAUAGGCGCAAAUAUGAGGGACAUGAAGCAAAGCGAUCCUGGCCUUAGGUUUAUUUGUUAUUGCUUUUCGCUGAUUAUUAUUAAUAAAGUGUUCCGAUCUAUAAA